AUUUCAUAAGCUGGUUUUGGAUCAAUCAAUCAUGAGGACGUUGAUCGCACUGCUAGCCCUUGGGUCUGUCGCCGUAGCUGCCGUCCCCGCAGCUUCAAACAAUGCCAGGAUUAUUGGUGGUACUGUGACCACCAUCAAUCAGUACCCUGUUAUGGCUUCUCUUCUGCUGACUAGAGAUUUUGUUCACUGGAGACACAACUGCGGCGGAAGCAUUCUUAAUCAACGAAGUAUUCUGUCAGCUUCUCACUGUCUAUACCGGCGCCAACCAAACGUCUACCGAGCUCGUUUGGGAUCUAGUUUCGCCAGUAGCGGUGGUGUGAUUUUCAAUUUUGCUCAGUUCAUCAUGCAUCCUAACUAUAACUCCAGAAACCAAGAUAAUGACAUUGCUGUAAUGCGAACAGCUUCUAGAAUUUCUUACAAUAACGUGAUACAGCGGGCGUAUAUCGCUGGACCUAACUACCCUCUCCUGGACAACGAGCGUGUGUGGGCUGCUGGAUGGGGCGUGACUUCGGUUGAUUCACUUCAGCACUCAGAGCAACUUCGCCAUGUUCAAGUUUACACAAUUAAUCAAGAGAUAUGCAGACAACGUUAUGCUGGAAGAAGCCGCCCCAUCACAGAUAACAUGUUGUGCUCCGGUGUGCUGGACGUCGGUGGCCGUGACCAGUGCCAGAUGGACUCCGGCGGGCCCCUCUUUCACAACGGUGUUAUCGUCGGUGUUUGCUCCUUUGGUUUUGAAUGUGCCGACCCUCGGUACCCUGGAGUCAACGCACGCGUUUCUCGCUUCACCACUUGGAUAGAAAACCACUCUUAAAUCUAAUAAUUUUAAAUAGUAAAAUGGUCUAUAAGAUAUUUUCAAUAAACAAAGAUUAUAAUCGCACCAUACACAUUCUUUUUUGUUAAUUUUGGCCUAUACGCAAUUUUGAAUCUAAACCAAAAAAAAUGAUUUCUUAAAAGGUAACAGACGAUUAUGUGCUGCGUGUAACAAAAUUGAUUUGAUUAUACUAUAUUAGCAAAAGAAACGUGAGCAAUGAAUUCGUUUCCAUAAGUAUUACAUUGCUAUACGUUACAUUAAAAUUUUGAAAAAUUUUAAUAAAUCUUACUAACAAUAUAAAAGUUUGUUGCGUAUUUGAAUAUUUCGAUGUCUAUGUACCUACUUAUUAAUUGUUAGAAAAAAUGGUAAUUGAUGAAAUUUGUUCUGCAUUAGCAUAUAGGCUAUUUUUGUAUCGCUACCUAACUCAAGUAAAAAAAAAAAAUAUUAAUCAGGUUUUUUAAAUACAUGGUGCAGGUUGGCUGGGGUUUAUUUUGUGAUGUAUAUCCCUACAAUGAGUUAAGCAUAAUAUGUGUCGAAGAGUUUUUGGCGUGAACAUUUUUCUCUAUGACAUAGAAUAUAUAAAACAGUGUGUUCGUCACAGGCAGGGCCAUUCAUGUUUUCUCUUCCGUUUCCACUUUAUCAGUAAUCCAAAUAUGAUGAAGCCACAAAAGUAGCAAAAUAAACAAAAAAAAAAAUCAUUUUUUUAAUAUUUUUUGUCCUUCUCAACAAUCGUUUUUCUCUACUAAAGUAAACUUCAAAGGGUAAACUUGAUUUUACAUAAAUAAAAAUAAUAUUACAAUUAAAGUUAAUGUAUAGAAGGGUUUUGGAGUUUUGAGUUUGUUUAGAUGCUUGUGUGGCUCUGUAAAUGAAUAGACAUUGGCCCUAAUCUGACACCUUAUUAUAUUGUAAUUGAUAAAUAAAUAAAUAUAAAAAUCUACAUAGUAUUUGUUACCUGCAUCGGAAAAUGUCAUGAAAGUCCGGAGGUAGAUAUCCUCUCAAAAUAUUCUA